AUGGCCGCCAGACCUGCCCUCUUCACCCGUGGCCUGUCGGGGCUUUCCCAGAGCACAACCGACCCCAACUCGCCCAGUGUCAGCUCCCCGGCCGACCAGCGUGACGAUGCAAAGCGCAACUUCCUCAAGGCCAUGCGCCCUCUGCCCACACAACAUUACUGGAAUGUCUACUUUGACAAACAAGCAAAGGACCAGCAAAAGUCGGGCAACGAUGAGGAGUAUAAGGUGCAGCUUGAACAGCUUGGUUCGCAGAUAGAAUCCGUCCAGGACUUUUGGAAGUACAACAACAACACACCCGUCGAUCAGAUCAAGAUGCGCGAGUCCAUAUACCUCUUCAAGCAGGGCUUCAAGCCCAUCUGGGAGGACCGCCGCAACAUCAACGGCGGCGCCUGGACCUUCCGUGUGCCCAAGAACAUUGGUCCCGAUGUGUGGACUCGCGUUCAGCUUCUUGCCAUUGGCGAGAAGCUGCAGAGCGUACUAGACGACAACGACCAGAUUUGCGGUGUUGGUCUGUCCGUCCGCUUCAACUCCCACCUCAUCUCCAUCUGGCACCGCGACGGCUCCAAGCAGAAAUCCGUCGAUGCUAUCCUGGAAUGCGUACUCGAAGAGCUCCCCGCCGAGCUGCGCCCCAAGGCCGAUAACUACUUCUACAAGCGUCACCAGGACCAUGCCGGCUUCAAGGCACCUCCCGAGCUCCAAGUCGUUAUCGACUCACAAAAGGCGGCCGCUGACAAGGCCAAGGCUGCGGCCGGAGGUGCGCCGGCUUAG